AUGUUACCUACAGAAGAUUUAGAUUCAAUGAAGGUGUCUGAAUUACAGACAGAAUUGAGAAAACUUGGUCUUGAUACCAAAGGACGAAAAGCAGAUUUAAUUAUUCGUCUACGAGAAGCGUUGCUUAACAAAGACCCGGACAAUAGUGAAGAUCAUGAUGCAGCUAUGGAAAAAAAUGAAACAUCGUUGCAGACAAGUGAUGUCGAAGACAACAGUGAAAGUGUUCAGCCACAUACAAGCGAUGAAAAUGACGAUGAAGAGGAACAAACAGAGAAUAAUCAACACGUAACAGCCACAUUUAAUGACGAACAAGAUGAUCAAGACUCACAAUCAAAUCAAGCUACAGAAAGUGUGCAAAAAGCUGAUGAGGAAGAGGGAGAAGUCGAAUCUGAUGAUGAAGUACAAUCUGUUGAUGAUAUAAAAGUGACAAACGCUACAAUGAUAGGACAAAGUGAGCAAUUAAUACAAACAAAAAGAAAACGUGAUUCAGAUGAUUCAAUAACAAACAAACAAGGCGAGGAGGAAGACAAUGGAAUUGAAUCACAGCAGCAGGAGCAGCAACAACAUUUGAGUACUGUAGAUGACACUGCGGCAGCUACAGUUACAAUAGAUGACACAUCAAAACAAAGACGAAAGAAAAAAAGUCGAUGGGGUGAAGAAGAGGAGACAACAAAAUCAACAGAACAUGCCAAACAAAAUGAAGGUGGUGUUUUAGAUGAAUUACAAUCACUUGCUGGUGGAUACUCAGCAGCAAUGUCGCAUACAGAUGAACAGUUUGACACAUUAUCGAAUAGUAUGUCUCUUUCUUCAACGAACGUAAGUUCUGCUGAUAAUAAGAAUAAGAACGUAAAACAGACUAGUGAUGAUAUGGAAAAAGAGGAGAAUGAUCAAUAUCAUGAAAACAGACAUCAUCAUCAUCAUCGAGAUCGGGAUUCAAAACAAGAUACACAAAACGAUUCAUCUUACAGCCGCCAUCGAAGAACAGAAAAAGAUGAAGACUACGAUGUAACUGUAUCUAUACCAGUUGAAGAAACUGUGCAGUUUGAUGAAAACGAUGUUGUACUGGAUUUUUAUACAUGCGAUUUAAAUUUACGUGUGAAUAAUAAUUGUUUAUCGGCUUCAUCUGUUUCAUCUGAUGCAUUUUGUUAUAUGUGGGCUGGAACACGUACAACCUUUGGUUUUAAACAGGGAAAAAUUUGUUUCGAAAUCAAGAUAACUGAAAUAAUUGAUUGUCCAAACUUGCCAAAAGAUGAAAAAGAACGACAUGGCAUUCGAAUUGGUUGGUCUAAUCGAAUACCUGGUUUAUCAGGAUUACAAUUAGGUGAAAUACCCUAUUCUUACGCAUACAGUUAUGAUGCUAAAAAAUUGAGUAAUAAUUCAAUUAAUGAUAAUUACGGUGAAACAUAUGGUUUAAAUGAUGUUAUUGGAUGUUAUUGUGAUUUUGGCGACGGUGAUAAUGAAGCUAAAAUAAACAUUUCAUUUACAAAAAAUGGAGAAGAUCAAGGAGUUGCAUUUGAAUUAGAAAAAAAAUUAUUUUCAAAUGAUGAACAUCAAUUAGUCUUUUUUCCACAUAUUUUGGUUAAAAAUGCAAAAUUUGAAUGUAAUUUUGGACAAAUGGAAACUUCUUACUCUGAGAUUAAAUCUGAUUAUGUAUUUGUACAAUCAGUUCCAUUAAUUGAACGUAUCCGUGGCCCAUUACCAAUAGUUGAUAAAAAAGAUUGUGAACUAUUUAUUAUGGUAGGUUUAAAUGCAGUUGGAAAGACACAUUGGGUUAAUCAAUAUAUCCAGGAUAAUAAAGAGAAGAUUUUUAAUGUUUUAAAUAUCGAAAGUGUAUUGGAAAAAAUGUCGGUAAAUGGUAAACCACGGUCAGUCACUAGUCGAAAUGACGCAAUCAUGGCUCGUACAAGUACAUGUUUACAUAAACUAAUCGAAAUGGCUGCACAACGACGAAGAAAUUAUAUUAUCGAUCAAGUAAAUACAUCACGAGAUAUUCAAUUGAAACGACAAAAAUUAUUUGAUGGUUAUCACAGAACGAUUGUUGUUCUAGUCAUUGAAGAUGAACAAUAUAAAAUUCGUUUAGAAAAAGCACAAACAGAAGAAAAAACGGACAUUAUACCAAGAGAAGCUAUUACAGAAAUGAAAGCUAAACUUCAUUUACCACAAAAAGGUUCAUUGUUAGAAGAUACACUUUAUCCAGAAUUAUCUUAUGAUGAUGCCAAAAUACUAAUCGAAAAAUAUAGAAAAGAUUAUGAUGAUCACCGUUCAUCGUCUUAUCGUCAUUCAAGUCCCGAUCGUUCAUCAAGACGAGGUGGCGGUGGUGAUUCUUACCGUAGUAGAAAUGAUGACCAUAGUCGACGUUCAAAUCGUAGUGGUAGUCGUUCGUCCAAAGAUAGAGAUCGUCGAUCGAAUGAUAGAUCAGAUCGGUCACGUGAUAGAAAACGUGAUUCGAGAGAUAAUUACAGAAGUGAUGAUAGUCGUCGUUCGUCGAAUAGAAAUGAUUACAAUAAUAGAUCUGGUGGUGUCGGUGGCAGAUAUAAUGACCGUCAAGAUAAUUUUAGAAGUGGUGAUCGUGGUCGAGGAGGUUAUCACAAUCAACCAGAUAGAAAUAGCCAUCGUGGUGGUAGAGGUGGAUCGAAUUUUGAUGGACGAGAUAAUUUUCGUGAUAAUUAUAAUGAUCGUGGAUAUGGAAAUAACAGACGUGGAAAUAAUAACCAACGUGGUGGCUAUAAUAACAAUAGUGAUAGCAGACGGGGAGGCGGAUAUAAUAAUGAUCGUCAGCAAAACUAUCAACAGAACAAUAGCAAUUAUAAUCAAUCAAGACGAAAUUUGGAUUUUGAUAAUCCGGAGAAUAAUGCCGCUUCACUCAACUAUAAUCAGCGAAAUUCUAAUUUCAGUAACAAUGACAACAAUACUAGCAGUAAUUAUCGAAGAGACAAUGAAAACCAACAACAAAAUUAUCAGUCGCGAUCCCAGAACCAAUCACAACAACCACAACCACAAUCUGUUCAACCUGUUGCAUCAAUUUCGAAUACAAAUACUUCGGCAGCUAAUAUUCAAGCCAAUGAUCAACAAUCGUCUUGGAUGCAAUGGUACAAUGUUUGGCAGCAAUCGCAGAAUCAGCAACCUCAAGUGCCAUCACAAACUCAGCAGCCACAAACAGUUCAAACACAAGACCCAAAUCAAGCAACACAAAAUGCUCUACAGCAACAGUGGGCACAAUAUUUAAAAAAUACACAAACGAACCAGACUCCUCAACAGCAGCAACAACUAGCCGCUUGGUAUGCGACCCAAGCUGUUCAGCAACAACAACAACAACAACAACAACAGCAACAACAACAGCAGCAACCUCAACAAGCUGGUGUUGCAGAUUAUGGCGCAUACAAUGCCGCUGUGUGGUUGCAUUAUCAACAAUUAGCCCAAGCCGCACAACAAAGUGCUAAUCCAGGUUCAACUGUUUCUCAAGGGACAGCUAUUAAACACGUUGGAACAUGUCAACAACGAUCUGGUGAAACAGUAAUGCAUUAUUAUAAAGAUAUGAUGGAAUUAUUCGCCGUAAUGGAUCCGGAUAUGAAUGAUCAACUGAAGGUGGCAUAUUUGGCAUAA